GGCCGGAAGUGCCGGCCGCGGAGAGGUGGCUGGGGUCGGCCAGAAGUUCGGGCGGCGCCAUGAAGCGGGAUGUGCGCAUCCUGCUGCUGGGCGAGGCCCAGGUGGGGAAGACGUCGCUGAUCCUGUCGCUGGUGGGCGAGGAGUUCCCCGAGGAGGUCCCUCCUCGGGCCGAAGAGAUCACCAUUCCAGCAGAUGUCACCCCAGAGAAGGUGCCCACCCACAUCGUCGAUUACUCAGAAGCUGAGCAGACGGUCGAGGAGCUCCAGGAUGAGAUCCACAAGGCGAACGUGGUAUGUGUGGUGUACGACGUGUCUGAGGAGGCCACCAUCGAGAAGAUCCGAACCAAAUGGAUCCCUCUGGUCAAUGGGGAGACUGAGAAGCCCAGGGUCCCCAUCAUCUUGGUGGGCAAUAAGUCGGACCUCCGACCAGGGAGCUCCAUGGAGGCCGUGCUGCCCAUCAUGAGCGAGUUCCCUGAGAUCGAGACCUGUGUUGAGUGCUCAGCAAAGAACCUGAGGAACAUCUCGGAGCUGUUCUACUACGCACAGAAGGCCGUGCUGCACCCCACAGCCCCGCUCUACGACCCCGAGGCCAAGCAGCUGAGGCCAGCGUGCACCCAGGCCCUCACACGCAUCUUCAGGCUCUCGGACCAGGACCUGGACCAGGCGCUCAGCGACGAGGAGCUCAACGCUUUCCAGAAAUCCUGCUUCGGGCACCCCCUGGUCCCGCAGGCCCUGGAGGACGUGAAGAUGGUGGUGUGCAAGAACGUGGCGGGAGGCGUGCGGGAUGACCGGUUGACCCUGGACGGCUUUCUCUUCUUGAACACACUGUUUGUGCAACGUGGCCGCCACGAGACAACGUGGACCGUUCUGCGGCGUUUUGGCUAUGGCGACACACUCGAGCUGACCGACGACUACCUCUUCCCCCCGCUCCACGUGCCCCCGGGCUGCAGCACCGAGCUCAACCACUUUGGCUACCAGUUUGUGCAGAGGCUGUUUGAGAAGCACGACCAGGACUGCGAUGGCGCCCUCUCUUCUGCGGAGUUGCAGAGCUUUUUCAGUGUGUUCCCGGCUGCCCCCUGGGGCCCCCAGCUCCCUCAGACUGUCCGCACUGAAGCCGGCCGGCUGUCCCUGCAUGGGUACCUCUGCCAGUGGACCCUGGUGGCCUACCUGGAUGUGCGGCGCUGUCUCGAGCACCUGGGCUACCUGGGCUACCCCGUGCUCUGCGAGCAGGACUCCCAGGCCCACGCCAUCACAGUCACCCGUGAGAAGAAGCUGGACCAGGAAAAGGGGCAGACGCAGAGGAACGUCCUCCUGUGCAAGGUGGUGGGGGCCCGCGGAGUGGGCAAGUCUGCCUUCCUGCAGGCAUUUCUUGGCCGCAGCCUGGGGCACCAGGACACCACGGCGCCCCCUGAGGAACCUACCACGUACGCCAUCGACACGGUGCAGGUCCAUGGGCAAGAGAAGUACCUGAUCGUGAGUGCCAAGUGUCCCCAUGGUAGACCCCGGGCCAUGCUGGGGGGAGCUGUCCCAACACGUCCCCAGGGGACCAAGCCCCGCACCCCUCUGAGGCCGCCCUCUGUCCAGCUGUGCGAGGUGGGCACAGACAGCCUGCUGGAUGCUGCCCCUGACGCCGCCUGCGACGUCGCCUGCUUGAUGUUCGAUGGCAGCGACCCCACGUCCUUCGCGCUCUGUGCCAGCGUCUACAAGCGCCACUACAUGGAUGGGCAGACGCCCUGCCUCGUUGUCUCCUCCAAGGCCGACCUGCCCGAAGGUGUCUCGCCGCCUGGCCUGGCCCCAGCUGAGUUCUGCCGCCGGCACCGGCUGCCUGCCCCCACCCCUUUCUCCUGCAUGGGCCCAGCCCGGCCCAGCUCGGCUGUCUUCACCAGGCUCGCCGCCAUGGCCGCCUUCCCGCACCUGGCUCCCGGCGAGCUGCACACCUCCUCCUUCUGGCUGCGGGUGACACUGGGGGCUGUCGGGGCCGCGCUUGCUGCCCUGCUCAGCUUCUCACUCUACAGGGUCCUGGUGAAGAGCCGAUGAGGCCCUGGCCCUGCAGUCUGACCUCGAGGGGCUUCCUUCUGUCUGAACUUUGCUUCUGAGGACGGGGCCCACUGCCCUGCCCCUGCUCGAUCCCGGAGUGGCCCCCCUGGUCUUGGCAGCUUGCGUCCUUCACAGCCACAGAUGCCAAGCACUGCCCAUGUUUGGGGGCACCAUGUGUUGGAGGAACUGGGGGGUGUGAGUGAGGAAGCCAGUGACCCCAGACCCGAAUUCUCAGGGCUCCAUUGUUUCUUCCUGGUCUGAAGCAGCCAGUGGGUAUGAAGAGUCAGAGGGUAGAGUUUUGAGCCAAAGGUAGGAAGUGGAAGCAGGAAGUGGCUGGACCAUUGUGUGGACCCCCACCUCCCCCCACCCAAGGCUGUGUCUCUCACAGAAGACAUGAAAUUGGGUUUUCUAAUUAAACUUGACUUGUGUCUUCAUCUUGGUU